AUGAUGUUGCCCGAGCCUGGGAUCUGUUACUUCCCCUGGGAGGUCAGCGCCGGCCGAGCUCCUGAUGGGGACACACUGAGAACGCUCGGCAGGUUGUACAGCUACGACACGACGCGGUCCCGAGUGACCCUGGUGGCUCGGCACAGAUCCCACCAGCACUCGAUCCUCGUCUGGACCAAGUUGGUGGAACCGCUCCAAGCCCAGGUGGGCCCCCUCUACACCGUCCUUGGGGAGCUGGGUCACCAGAAGGACGGAGGCCGUGGGGUGAAGGCCCGGGAGCCGGCUUGUGUGGGAGGCACGAGUCUCCCCUGGUUAGAACAAGCCGUCCGGGAGGAGAGGCUGUACCAGCGCAAGGGGGCCAGCAGCCAGUAG